GUGACACUCUGCCUUCCGUUGCUCGACGCAUUAAUAGGGAAUCAUCAGCGAAAAAACAGGUGGUGAAUUUUAGUUUUUUUUAAUUAUUUAAUAUUUAAUAUACUGCAUGCGGGUAUUUAAUAUAGUUGGGACUAUCGACGGGUUUUACUGGUUCUUCCAACUCGCUGACAUCACCUCAUCGAUAAACAUCAUCGGCACUCCCUCAAUCUACUAAACCCCCACCAAGGUCAGGCAAAGAUGAGGUUUGGGAGCGAUGUGAAUUCGGAUGAACCUGGUUCGAUCGGAUUUCACGAUGGAAUCCGGCAAUUCCCGCUCGCAGCUCAGCCGGAGAUAAUGAGAGCAGCCGAGAAAGACGAUCAGUACGCCUCUUUCAUCCACGAAGCCUGCCGCGAUGCCUUCCGACACCUUUUCGGUACAAGAGUCGCUCUAGCUUACCAGAAAGAGAUGAAGCUUCUUGGGCAAAUGCUUUACUUUGUUCUGACGACAGGUUCAGGGCAACAAACUUUAGGAGAGGAAUAUUGUGAUAUUAUACAGGUUGCAGGACCUUAUGGACUCUCUCCUACACCAGCUAGGCGGGCUUUGUUCAUAUUAUAUCAGACUGCGGUUCCGUAUAUCGCCGAGAGAAUUAGCUCAAGAGCUGCUACGCAAGCGGUUGCCUUUGAUGAGUCUCAGUCUGAUGAUUUUUUUGGUGAUAAUCAUAUCCAGUCACCAAGGAUGAUUGAUCUUCCGUCUGCAUCUCACCUGGGAACUUCAGGUUCUGCUGUAUCUAGGUUUAAAGAUAGAGUUAAGAGAUUGUGGCACAAAGCUAUUCGGAGAUGGCCUAUGGUUCUCCCUGUUGCCCGUGAAGUCUUACAACUUAUUCUCCGUGCCAAUUUGAUGCUCUUCUACUUCGAAGGUCUGUAUUAUCAUAUAUCCAAACGUGCAUCGGGGGUUCGUUAUGUUUUCAUAGGAAAGCAACUGAAUCAUAGGCCCAGAUACCAAAUUCUCGGGGUUUUCCUGUUAAUCCAAUUGUGCAUCCUUGCUGCUGAGGGCUUGCGUCGGAGUAAUUUGUCAUCUAUCACAAAUUCAAUUCAGCAGGCGUCUAUAGGAUCUUAUCAAGCGCCAGGAGGGAGAGGGUUACCGGUUUUAAACGAAGAGGGGAAUUUAAUUACUCAAGAAGUUGAAAAGGGAAACUGGUCCACGUCCGAUUCAACUUCAACUCUGGAGGCAGUAGGGAAAUGCACUCUCUGCUUAAGCAACCGUCAGCACCCGACUGCCACUCCUUGCGGUCAUGUAUUUUGUUGGAGCUGCAUUAUGGAAUGGUGCAAUGAGAAGCAAGAAUGCCCACUUUGUCGGACGCCCAAUACACAUUCAAGUUUGGUUUGUUUGUACCAUUCUGAUUUUUAAGCUCAAAUCGAUCGCAAGGACAUCGCACUGCAGAAAGGCGAAGCAGCUAAGACGAUGAAAGGCAAAGGAAAGAAGCAAAGCCCAAGGAGCCACACAAGCUUUUUUUGGUGACAACUUCGGACAGUAACAUCUGGUAAGAUAACGGAAGCUGUUUGGACUUCGGACAUUUUGAGUAUGAUCAUCUGAGAAGACGCGGAAUAAUUGCUAUUUCGGACGUCAUUAGCUUUUUUCUUUUUUCUUUUCUAAAUUCUGUGCAGAAAUCAAACAGGAAGUGUUACUUUUCUCUUUAAAAAAAGUUGGAUGUUAGAUUUCAUUUGGAUUGACGAUCUAUUUCUCCACAGAACUAUCAUAUAGCAUCAGAUUUC